UUUACUUUUUAUUUCUCUACUCUACUCACUCCUCACUAACUAUCACCACUUCCCUGCCCCUUUCUUUCCCGCCAAGCUUGCUCUUCCCUCUCUUUCUCUUUCUCUCUCUCAAUCUCACUCCCACUCUCGCCCUCUCCUAGUGUGUGUGCAACCAUCUCUCUCUCACCUCUAUAAACCAAAAUAUUAUCUAGAUCUCUUUGUCAUGGUUUCCUUAUACAUCAUGAGAUUCAUCCCCCAAAUUCCCAAAACUUCAUCUUCCCCUUAGCAAAAUAGCAUCUUCAUUCUUUCAACACCUCCUCUCCUUCUCUACCACUGUAUCAUGUAGCCAAACAAAACACUUCAGAAUCUUCCACCUUUUUCAUUUCCACACACUCUUCACUAAAACUUCCUAGUGAGUGAGUGACACAAACCAACCCAUCCUUCUCUCUCUCUCUCUCUAGACAUGUCCGUACAAUCGACCCUGAAGCUAGCAACUGCAAGUUCCGAUUUUGAGGGUGACCCACCAUGCAAAACCACCAGAAAAACCCAACCACAGAAGAGGGUCCUUCGGAUCAUACUCACUGACCAUGACGCCACUGAUUCCGACUCUUCCGGCGAUGAUGAACUGCCAGAAAACCCAUCAAGGCUUCGAAGAGUGAAGAAAAAAAUCACACAUAUCAACAUGCACCUUCCCUUAUUCACAAACUCUCCAAAAUCUUCACCAUCUUCCUCUUCUUCUUUCCCUGACCCGACCCGUUUCAAAAAACCCAAGAAAUCGCCAGCCGACGGCGCCUCCUCUCGCCGCCGUAGCAAGUUUAGGGGCGUUCGCCAGAGGCCUUGGGGACGGUGGACUGCCGAGAUCCGAGACCCGACCCGUCGGAAACGGGUCUGGCUAGGGACCUUCGACACGGCGGAGGAAGCCGCCGCGGUGUACGACGAGGCCGCCGUAAAGCUUAAGGGUCAAAACGCCAUCACCAACUUCCCCCGCAACGGAGCCGCGAAGACGGAGGAGGACACGGCGGCGGUUGUUUUCCCCGGCGACGGAUUUGCGUCGCCGACGUCUGUCCUGGCACACUACGGCGGCGAUUCGACUCCGUUCGACGGUUUUCGUUACGGUGCGGUGGAUGCCUUCGGUUUUGAUAUCGACGUGCCGUUAAGUCUGACGGACGUUAACUCGGUGGUGCUGAGUCAGCGAUUUGGGAAAGAAGAGUUCGGCGAGUUUGACCCGGACGAUUUCUUGACUUGGCCCAGUUAAAUUCCUGGGGCUGUUUUGUCUUUUCAAGAAAAAAGUCAGGGAUUGUUACAGUAAUAUAACUAGAAUUUUUGUCGCAUUCUGUUCCCACUUCGUGGAAUUCCGAAACUACCCUCGGUACUGAAGGUUCUUGCGGAGCUUGGAAGAGUGUAGAGCAGUAGAGUAAGCAUUUUCCCACCCCAAGCAGAGAUUUUUGUGCUAAGUUAAUUUGUAAUUAAUUAUUAUUAUGUAUAGGGAAAAAAAAGUUAAUGAACAGAAGGGGAAAAAAAUUGAAAAUCUAGAGCUGAGUGAUGAUGAAAAAGAUUAAA